GUAUUCGUUGUUUUCUGGCAACCCCUUACACACGAAUGAUUUUCUAAUUGCGACGUAUCCUGUACGUUUCCAACGUGGACAAAGCUGUUAUUAAAAGGAUAACUGAUAUCAGUAAAGCACAACCUUUCUUCGGGCGCAAACUUACACGAGUAGAAAUAGCGUAGCGCGUACGCGUGUGGCAUUUAUUUUAAACUGUGUUUUGUUCGCGGUGCGUCUUUAAAUGUUCGAGUGCGGGAAGUUUGUGUUCCGAAAAGUCAGGACAUGCAGGAGAACAAAAUACUGAAAGAGGGAUUCCUGGUUAAAAGAUCCAUCAACAAAAAUAUAUUCACGUGUGUGAACUUCAAAAAAAGGUUGUUUCGCCUCACCAGCAAGUUCCUUAUUUACUACGAUGUCGAUGAAUCAUCAGGCACGUCUUCAGCUCCACAAGAACGGGGAAGAAUACAAUUGGAUUCGAUCCACACCGUUGAAAGUGCAAACAAACUUCACCAUAAAGACUUACUGAAGGCGGAUGAGUAUUCUCAUUUUCUGUUGGGAUUCACUUCAAAAGGCAAAGAUCAUAUUCUGUUUCUUCUGGCUUCAACGCCCAGCGACCGCAUCGACUGGAUAGUUGCAAUACGAGGAGCAUGCGCCAAUAACAUACAUUUAAAAAAGACAUUCCACCCUAGUCCUUGGAGGGAUGGAAAGUGGGACUGCUGCCGAUCUACUAGAAGAAAGUCUGAUGGAUGCCAGCCCUGUGGAUCAUGGACAAAGAAUAACUCUGGAUCGGAAAUGGGAGGUAGCCUGGAAAAUUUUCAUGGCACUCAAUACCAUUCUUCUACGGAAGGCCAGUCUUUGUCGUCCACGCAGCCAAAAAUCGUGGUAGCCUUAUAUAAUUACCAAGCGAUGCAUACUGAUGACUUAUCGCUUACAGAAAACGAGGAAUAUGAGGUGCUGAAUGAUUCUCAAGAACAUUGGUGGAUGGCGAAAGAUUCCAGAGGGAAUAUUGGAUUUAUUCCCAGCAAUCACGUCAAAGAAAAAGAAUCAAUGGGAUUAUAUCGAUAUGACUGGUUCGUCGCCGACAUGCCAAGACAGAGAGUCGAAACCUUAUUGCAACAAUAUGACACUGAAGGAUGUUUUGUAGUGCGAAACUCUUCAGUUGAGGGACAUCAUACCUUAUCUCUUUUUACAAAAACAUCCAUGCCGUACGUGAAACACUACCAAAUUAAGAAGAAUUCCAGUGGAAAGUUCUUCUUUCGAGGAGAUUACUGCAGCGAUUCUAUUCCGGAACUUAUCAAUUACCACAAACAUAAUAGCGGUGGUCUACCGUCUAGACUGAAGAAAACUCCCCUUGAAAGGCCAGCUCCAGCAACUGCAGGUUUUGGCCACGAUAAAUGGACAAUAGAGCCUAACGAACUGAUGUUGUUAGAAGAAUUGGGCUCUGGUCAGUUUGGUGUGGUGCGAAGAGGAAAAUGGAGAGGUUCCAUUGACGUGGCUGUGAAAAUGAUGAAAGCUGGCAGUAUGUCCGAAGAUGACUUCAUAGAGGAAGCUAAAGUUAUGACGAAGCUGCACCAUAUAAAUCUGGUCCAACUCUAUGGAGUAUGCGUUGCAGAAAAUAAUCCAAUCUACAUCGUUACUGAGUAUAUGAGGCAUGGAUCCUUACUGAAUUAUCUGAUAAGAAACGAACGUAACAUCAUCGUCAAUCAGGAGUUGCUCCUCGACAUGUGCAUUCAAGUGUGUGACGCUAUGGUGUAUCUAGAGAGACACAACUACAUCCACAGAGACCUGGCCGCUAGGAAUUGUCUGGUGGGAAACGAUCAUUCGGUUAAGGUGUCAGAUUUCGGAUUGACACGAUACGUUUUGGAUGAUCAGUAUACGUCUUCGGGUGGCACGAAAUUUCCUAUCAAGUGGGCUUCACCUGAAGUUUUGAAUUACGCGCGGUUUUCGUCGAAAUCAGACAUCUGGGCCUACGGAGUUUUGAUGUGGGAAGUAUUCUCUUGCGGAAAAAUUCCCUACGGACGGAUGACUAACAGGGAAGUGGCCGAAAGUGUUCAAAGAGGACGUAUUUUAGAAAAACCGCAGUACUGCCAUAAACAGGUGUAUGAUGUUAUGAAGAGAUGCUGGGCGCUACUUCCGGAAAACCGUCCUUCUUUCAAGAUGCUCAAAAAGAAUAUGAUGCAACUAUCUCAAGUUAUAUCGGCCGAUUAAUCUAUUUUCAGCGUUCAUUACGCGAGUUUUUCAGCCUGAUGAGUUUCAAGUCAAGAACUAAGUUAAGAAAUUGUGUGUAAUGUUUAUGUGAUGAUUUUGUGUUUGAAACGAAGUAAUCUGUGAUAACAUUGGAAAUCUCCAGACAUCCAGUUGAGAUUUGACCUAAUUUGGUUGAUUCAUAUUUUUAUACGAAUCUCUGUAUUUUUUGAGUGGAAAUACUGUUAUAUAUAGAUAAGCUCAAAUUGGUAUUUCUGUUACCGGAUCUGUUAAUAGGGGAGCCCAAGCGGGGAUUUCGGGAUUUACUAAAGCGCGGCAGAUUAAUAUACAGGGGGAUACCUUGUA